AUGGUGGUUGCAAAGUCUCAGCAAGGUACAAAAGAUAAAGAUACUCAGGCAGGCAAUUUUAGCUUGGAGCAGAUCAGAGAUGCUACUAAUGACUUCUCUUCUGCUAAUAAGAUUGGGGAAGGCGGUGUUGGUCCCGUAUACAAGGGCCAAUUGCUAGAUGGUACUUUUAUAGCAGUCAAGCAACUGUCAUCAAAAUCAAGGCAGGGAAAUCGUGAAUUUAUAAAUGAAAUAGGCUUGAUAUCUUGUGUGCAACACCCUAACCUUGUAAAGCUUCAUGGAUACUGUGCUGAAGGGGAACAACUCUUGCUGGUAUAUGAGUACUUGGAAAAUAACAGCCUUGCCCGAGCUUUAUUUGGUGAGUCAUUCAGUACUUGUCCGUGA